AUGAAACCCACAAUUUCCAGAGGAAUGUUUCACUCGUUCCUCGCUGUCCUGCUUUUCUCCUGCCUUGCCGUUUCCACGGUAACCGUCACCAAGGCAGGACGCUCUGUCGACGGCGACGAGAGGACGUUGACCGGCAGCAGCGGCCAAACAAGCUCCACCUUGUUCCUCUUGACCGGCUACAAGCCACGGCUGCCGCCGCCGCCCGCCGGACCCAAGGUGGCGCCCAAAGCGGCCGAGGUGGAGGACGGGGACGAGUCUCCUCCACCGGUCAUGGCCGAGCUUCCUCCGAAGCCCCUCCCACAGACCAUGUUGCCGAGGAACAUGACGGCCGACGCCCUGAAGCCUCCACUCGGGGCGGCCCAGGUGGCUCCGCCCCCCAGGCAGCUGGUGGAUGUGGACGUUUGCAGGGGCUACUACGACGUCAUGGGCCACUUCGACACCACCUUCAACUGCUCCAAAGGCAGCUACAUCUACUGCUGCGGCACCUGCCACUACCGCUUCUGCUGCGAGCACGCCAGGACCCGGCUGGACCAGGAGGCGUGCAACAACUACAAGUCGCCCGUGUGGGCCGACCCUCAGACCACCUCCACGGCGCCCACCGGGAGCAAACAGGACCCGGACUUCGAGACGCUGCCGCAGCAGAACAGCAGCACGGCCUACGUGAUCGGGGGGGUGAUCUCCUUCACGCUGGUCGUGGCGGUGGGCGUGAGGAUCGCCUUCAGCAAGGUGGCACGCCGACCACGGAACCGAGACGUCAACAUGCCGAGGUCGCUGGUGGACAUCCUGCGUCACCAGUCCAGUCCGGUGCAGCAGGGCGAGAGGAACAACAUGUUGACCAGCCCGACCUCGGACGGACGCACGUCCAAGAACCUCUACACCCCCGUCCUGCAGAGCAAAGACAACCGCACCGGGAACUUGCCCCAACAUUUAAACCAGCAGGGGGGUGCGUCCAGCCCCAAACACGCUGCCACCAUCGAGCGUGGCCCCCGUAUGAACAACACCCAGCAGCUCUCCUCCGGCCCCCCCCUGCUCUCAGGUAGCGGGAAAGGCGGCGGCGGCGGCGGCGGCAGCAUCAUCAGCGGCGGCAUGAGACACAACAGCAGCCACCCCAACUUCUCUCACUCCUUCCACAACCUGGCCCAGCUGCCGCCGUCCUACGACGCCGCCAUGAAGCCCGAGAUCAACCGCUACAGCUCGCUGAAGAGGCUGGAGAAAGAACUGGACGAGUACUCCAGCUACUACAACUCCAAGCGCCGCUUCAACAACGCUCCUCCGUCCUUCCACUCGUCUCAGCACCACCUGCCGUAUGGAGGUGAAUACACGCCGGGGUCUCGGGGGACGCUGCCCCUCAACGGCUCCCGGCCCCGCCUCCACAUCCCGGCCUCCACCCCCAACCCGUACCCGCUGCCCGCCCAGACGCAGUACACCAGCUUCUCCUUCGACCGGCCGCCGCGCCGCGUCCGCUCCCAGGAGCUGCUGGCGCUGGGCGACAACACGCUGUCCCGCCUGUCCAAGAACCAGCAGCACCAGUACUACAAAGCCAUGAUGAGCACCAGCAGGAGCUCCAACUCGCAGACGCUCCGCAGGUCCCACGAGCGGCUCCUGGUCUCCCCCGAGUGUCUGGAGGACCGGCUGAUCGCCAUGGGGCUGAUGAUGGGAGGAGGAGGCGACAGAGGAGCAGGAAGUGGGAUGGUUCCCACCAUGGGCCGGCUCAGCCACCACCAGAAGGCCCAGUCGCAGCAGAACAUCUGCGUCACGCCGUCCAUGGAACGCCACCACAUGAUCAAGAUGAACUCCCACCCGACGCCAGGCCACGACCACGAGCGCAGCUCCGGCGCCAUGCCCGGGAUGGGCAUGCACGGCGGCUGGGACCCCCACCGGGGCCACGGCGGAGGUGGAGGAGGAGGAGGAGGGGGGGCGGGCGGAGGCCACCCCAACUCCCGGAGGAUGGCCUUCGCCAACAAGAGGCAGAACACCAUCGAACAGUUGCACUUCAUCCCCGGAGGAGGGGGGGGCCACGGACUGCGGACUGGGAGUAAGAACGAGGUGACGGUGUGA